CAUGACUUGAUACGAUGGGCACGACGAAUGUUGUGGAUGGAGCAAAUAAUUUCAUAUUCAGCUCAUAACUUUGCUCUGCAUCCUUGCUACUUGCAGGCUCCGUGUAGCCUGGACAGUGGAAGAAGGAUUCGAAGGCUGAUAGAAUGCUGGUAUUGUUUUUAGUUGACGAUGCAGCAGCAGCAGCAGCAGGAGAAGCAGAUGCAACCGAAGACUAGGAUAUGGAAGGUUCGCAUCAAUGCACGAAAGUUUCCCAGUCUCGUUGUAGGCUGUUGGUGGAGUUGAUUUCCUCAGUUCACUGAUCCAUGCCGUAGUGAACAAGGCGCUGUAGAUAAUAAUAGAAAAAUGCACCCCAGAAGUAGGUACUGCAAUGCUCGACCUGAAUUUACACAGCUAGCUAGCAAGCACGCUGGUUUCAACGCUGCGUCACACGGCGGAAAGAGGAUCAACUUCAAGAGUGAGCAGUUCCAACGCGAGCUGACGCGUGCUCUUCUGGAAGUGGAUUUCGGCCUGCAAGUUGAGCUACCGCAUGACCGUCUGGUGCCUGCCGUGCCACAAAGACUAAACUAUCUUCACUGGGUUGAGGAUUUAGUGACUGGUGGUGAUGAUGCUGCUGGCCACAUUCCUCGAGGUAGCACUGUACGAGGAGUUGACAUAGGUACCGGUGCAUCAGCAAUUUUCUCUCUGCUUGCUUCUAAGCUGAAUGGCUGGUCCAUGGUGGCCACCGAGGUGGAUAGCACCUCCAUCGACUAUGCGCUUGCCAAUGUCAAGCGUAACGACAUGGAGCAAAGUAUAGAUGUUGUUCGCGUGUCACCCGAUGAGUUCUUGUUGGCACCGCUCUCCCGCACAUGUUUCCCUGGCGACGUCCAGUUCUUGUUCUGUAUGUGCAAUCCGCCAUUCUUCAGCUCCGAAAAAGAAGCUAGUGGAUGUAACAGCCGGCCAAACCGACCUCAGCCGUCAGCUACCUGCACUGGCGCAGGCACCGAGAUGGUUGUGGACGGUGGUGAAGUGCAUUUUGUCGGGCGAAUCCUGCAAGACAGCCUCGUUCUCAAGGAUCGGAUAAGAUGGUAUACAAGCAUGCUUGGUAAGAAGUCGAGUGUGGCCGCGCUGAAACGAACUCUUACUGACUCUCAGGUACCUUGUGUAGAAACGACAGAGUUUGUCCAGGGCAAGACACGCCGUUGGGGUAUAGCCUGGUCAUUCUGCAAUGACAUUGCUGCACAUGCUGCUCCAUGUCUGGCAAGCACUUCUUCCUCUGGACAGGCCACUGGCAAGAGCCGCAAGCGGAAGAGGCCGCUGCAGUGCGUAAUACCCGCAGCAACAGCAGCAGCUUUGCCACAAUGCAACCCAGUGGCAGUGGCAGGCGAUGCGUUGGCUUGGGCCGAGUGCCGGGUUGAACAGGUGCUACGUGGUCUCGAGAUCGUAUUUUCGUGCACGUCAUCAGGAGGAACCCGGUGCUAUGCGUGCUCCGCCGCGACUGUCACGUGGACACACGGACGGAGAAAACGGCGGGAGGCAGUGCUGCAGGCACAGCGGCAGCAGGAGGCAGCACAUGAAGCGGCAGCCGCGGCUAGAGCUGCGUCGUCUGCUCAGGUUCGUAACGCGACGGACACCUCUAAGUCCACUCAUAGUGAUAGUGCUGACGCACUGCGAUCGCACAGCCCUCCUGCAGCUGUCCAUGGUGCCGGUACUAGCUCACCGUCAGACCACCUCAGCACACGCCCAGAUACACAAGAGGAACCGCUGUCGCAUUACCGAACGUUAUCACAGCGUGAUCAUUCGGAAGACCCAACCGCAGCGCCAUCGAAAGCAAGCACUAACCAUGCUGACUGUAGAAGUGGCGCAUCAGCGUUACCAGUCCUUGAGUUCUCCAUUGUGUUGAGCCCAGCAGAAGAGGAGGACAAGGGCACCACCAUGGAAGUAGACUGCGACGCAAACUACAACCGGGAGCUACUGCACCAGGUAUUCCUGUACUUGAAGAACCAGCUACAGGUAGGUGAAAGACAGUGACUUCGCGGCGAAACAGUUGCAGCUGGCGGUGGUAAUUGAACAAAACCCAAUCUGUCCGCCAAUGCCUCUAUUUGUGUAGACUGCGAUGACAAUGUCUUGAUCAUUGGCAGGUGAAAAAGGCCGAGUCCUUGAGGCAUGCAUCUCCCGUGCAGAUUGGCGUACAUUGAGUCAUUGACACAACCUCAUUGAGAUAAUUCAUCCAACGCUACAAAUGGCCCUCUUGCCUUUGACUAAAGC